AUGGCAACCUUUCGCGAAGAAGCCGCCAUGUCGGACCACCCGAAUGUCCAUAUGCGCAACCAGCACGAGUAUACCUAUCGUUUACCCGCACCGCCUCGGAUCGCUGUACCCCCGCCCACGCUUGUCUCCGAUAUGCCGGGCCUGGCACUGAGCGACAACACCGGUGAGGAGUUGGACAUGACCUUUCUGAAGGAGCUGGACCUUGAGCAUAUAGUGCAUAAGAAUUCGCUGCUCGAGUGGGCAUAUGAACGGCGGAGACAGGCUCAGAUGAUCUUACCUUGGCUGUAUCUUGGACCCAUGAUGACCGCCAAGGACAAGGCUUUCCUCGAGCGCGAAGGCAUCACCAUGGCCCUGGCCGUUCGUGCGCAGCCCAACAGUCUGGUGGGCGCAAUGCAAGCGGCUAGCGAAGUCUGCCUUGAAGUGGGCAGUAUUGAGGCCCCUACCUUUUACGCUCUCACCCCCAGAUUCCCUGAGGCGACUAGGAUGAUCAACACACACGUGACAAAAGUUCGACAGCACACGUUACAAACCAAGGGCGAAGCCACGCUCGGCAAAGUCCUAGUCUUCUGCGAGUCGGGCAACGAGAAGUCAGCAGCAGUAGUGGCCGCUUACCUAAUGGAGACACUAAACGACUUCAACCACAUCAGAGCCAUGCAGAUCUGUCAAGCACAACGCUUCUGCUCCAACUUUGACGAUACGCUUAAGAACAUACUACGGUCGUAUUGGGAUAUUGUUGGAGCACGACGUGCCAUCGCCGCCUCGCAAUGCCAAACACCACAUCGAAGUGUCCAGAGCAACGGCCAUCCACAUGUCGACUCGCUAUCACCAACACCGUCAUUGUCGAAGCCCAAGCGAUCCCUUGAGGAAAUGCGAGACGAAGAUGCUGACAUGGAGAGUGAUGUAGAAGCAUCAGACGCACUUCGCUUUGCCGAUCGCGACGUGACUCCUUUCCAGGACCGCUAG